UCUAAAAUUUACUUAUUACAGAACAGCAGAGGUUCGACGUCCGAUUUUAUAGGAAACAUGUUUAAGUUUGUUUGUUUACUUGGAAUAAUUCUGCUCGCCGAGAUGCGCCUUUCUGAAGGAGCAUCACCGGCACACAGAAGAGAUAUUCGUUUCCUUUCCGGUUUGCGUAGAAGACUGUUGACAUCAAAUAUUAUCCAGUCGACCACCAGUAUACACGUUAUACUACACCACCGCGAUGCGGUGCGUUACUUUCGCAUCAGAUUCCCGGUAAAUUGUACAGGGCAGUGCGCCUACGACAUCUAUACUAGAAGGAUGAAAAGCUGCGGGAAGAAAACUCGGCCAUUUGGUUGCCUUUUCUGCCGAGUUGUAAUGAAAUGCAGUAAUCAGGUCUCGUGGGCAUCGGCUUUGUAAAGAUCUAUUAAAAGUGUCAUAUGUCAGUUUGUACAUAUAUAUAUAUGCAUUCUUUAUUUUUCAAUCAAAAUCAUAUUUCAUUAACCUGACUGGUUCGGACAUUCGGUAUUGUAAUUUAUUUUAUAUGGGUGAAAUCCUACAGCGAGGCACACCAUGGGAACUGCAGCCUACAUAGGAUUUGGGACAGAAUUCCCCCAAACUGUUGUAAAUUAACAGCCAGCAGCACUGUCGCACUAAAUGAAAUUUCAAUGAAUCACUGCUAUUUACCGUGAGGUAUAUGUCAGGGCUACAAGUCAUAUAAUUUUAAAGCCGUAAACUUAGGCAAACAUCAUUAAAACUGAUUAUUUUUUUAGUCAGCCAUGACCUUUUAAUUUUAGUUUGUACAUUUCCUUUAUGCUUACUUUUAUUUUCUACCUGCUUUUGCCAAUAAGCAUCUUUGCUAUAAUUGUACAAGAAUACAUUUUGAUUCGCACAACUCACACAGUA